AAAAUAAUAACCGUACAGACCAAAAAAUUGGGGUCGUUUGGUUAGGGUUCUAAGUUACUUAAAAGGUAGCCUAUAAAUAAAUAGGACAGAGUUAGUGUUUUAGCAGACGCUGUGCUGUAAGCGUUAAACGAAAGAGAGCAGCUGAGUCGCCAACAUGGGUAUUUCCCGGGAUUCCAUGCACAAAAGGCGUGCCACUGGAGGCAAGAAGAAGGCUUGGAGGAAGAAGCGAAAGUAUGAACUUGGUCGUCAGCCGGCAAAUACUAAGCUCUCAAGCAACAAGACUGUAAGGAGAAUCCGUGUUAGAGGAGGCAAUGUGAAGUGGAGAGCAUUGAGAUUGGAUACUGGCAACUAUUCGUGGGGUAGUGAAGCUGUCACCCGUAAGACCCGUAUUCUUGAUGUGGUAUAUAAUGCCUCAAACAAUGAGCUUGUCAGAACACAGACUCUUGUAAAGAGCGCCAUUGUUCAAGUGGAUGCUGCUCCCUUUAAGCAAUGGUACCUUCAGCAUUAUGGUGUUGACAUUGGGAGGAAGAGGAAGACAGCAACAAAGAAGGAAGCUACUGAGGAAGGGGAAGGUGCUGCUGAGGAAACUAAGAAGAGCAACCAUGUGCUAAGGAAGCUUGAGAAGCGCCAGAAAGAUCGUAAACUUGAUGCUCACAUUGAAGAACAAUUUGGUGCUGGUAGGUUGUUGGCAUGCAUUUCUUCCCGGCCAGGUCAAUGUGGAAGAGCUGAUGGAUACAUAUUGGAAGGUAAAGAGCUAGAGUUCUACAUGAAGAAAAUCCAGAGGAAGAAGGGCAAGGGUGCUGGAGCUGCUUAGAUGCAGUACUCUCACCAAACGUGAUUUUGUUUGCCUUAAAUUUGGUUCCUUUAGGGCUACCAUCCAACAUGUGAUACACAUUUUUAAUGUGAACAUUUCACACUUUUUCAGUCUUGCUAAAUUGUGCUUUUUUUAAAAAUCAUAAGUUAAAAAUUGUUGUCAUUGGCGGUUACGCUUCGCCACAAUUUGAUUGGAUUGAUACACGGAGGCCUAGUUUAGCCUUGUUGAUAAAAGGAGCUUUUAACAUUGCUCUUAAAGGUCAUUUUUGUGUUUAAAAAUUGCUUUUAACUUAAUUUCAAUGCUAAAAAAAGUAAUAAUAAUAAGAAAGACUUUUCCGAUUUAAAAGCU